UAUAUUUCCCACUCCAGACACACCCACCCCAAAACAUGGGCUUCCCAGUAUGUUACACCGACCUCCUCCUUCCAAACCUCUUCCUCCGCACUUUCUCUCUCCUCGCCCUCCUCCGGGCCGCCAUCCACUUCCUCCUCCGCCUUCCCGACCUCCCCGACCCCGACCCGACCCCCCUCCGGGAGCCCGAGCCCCGCUGCUCCCCGGUCUCGCCGUCCCUGACGAUGAUGCGCGACCUCCUCCCGGUGGUCAGGUUCUUGGACCUCGCCGACAGCGGCCAGGACCCGCCCGAGAGCACCUGCGCCGUCUGCCUGCACGACUUCGAGGCGGAGGACGAGAUCCGGCGGCCGCUGAACUGCCGGCACGUGUUCCACCGGGGCUGCCUGGACCGCUGGAUAGGGUUCGUCCGGAGGACGUGCCCGCUGUGCCGGGCUCUGGUGGUGCCCGACGAUGUGGAGGGGGCGAUCAACGAGAGGCUCUGGGCUGCUUCUGGGGUCCCUGAAUUUUACGAGGAGUAUCAGUAUCAUGGAGACACCGGCUAUAGCUUGUAGUAAUCUAAUUAACCAGAAAGCUGUUUUUUCUCAAAGAAGUUUCCUUUUUGAUGUCUUGAUCUUUGGGAAGAUGACAAAAACUUCAGUUGUUGGAUGAUUUUCCUA